AGAGACUGUUGUGUAGAUGUGCUUUCAGCCGUGAGACCAAAAUGCGAGCUGGGUUGCAGUCCUGGCAUUGUCAUCAGUUGUCCUGACAGCUCUUGACUGGACUACUACAAACCAUGCUUUCCAAUCCCCUUGACUAUAAAGUGCAAUAAAAUCUGGGAGCCACUUUACUUUGACUAAAUGCUACAACCAUAUUAUCCAUCUUUUAUUUGCGCUUUAAAGUUGAACCAGCUCUUUUCAGUGAGGUGAGAGCCUGGUGGGAUGGCAGCCGAAGGGAUACGCUUAUCUUGCGUGUCCAUAUGGAGUUACGUGAAGUGCCAGUGUUGAAUGACCCACCCUAACAAAUAUAUCUUCCUCCUACACUGAGUUUAUAAACACUUUUAAUUGGUGUCCCUGGCCUCUGUCAUGCUGUGAAGCUUAAGACUGUCAGUUCAGCUGCUUUUUGGGCACUUCAUGCUAUGAAAAUUAAGGGGGACAAGAUCCAGUUGAUUCGUGCAGAGGUCUCUUGCUUACUGUUGGACUUCAACGGACAUAAUCUGUGAAGAUAAUUGAAGUUCCUUUGCUCCGAAUGCUAUUCUCUUUGAGCUAGGCCAGGCCAUGAGAGCAGUCAAGUUUUGGGGAAAAUUGGAGAUAUGGCUUAAAGACCUCAGAAGCAUUCCCAAGACAUGGCGGGAUCUGCCCACAUGAUUAGCUGUUGUAUGGGAGCCUCGUGGAGUGUGUGUUUGACAACUAGACCUGGUGAAACCUUCAGUCUUCAUCUGUUACAAAGUCCAGUGUUUGUGGGAAGCAGCUACAAGGCUUGAGGAUGGCCCCACUGCCAAAUGCUGAACUAGUUCAGAACUCUCGGCAGUUGUAUCGUUACCUGCUCCGAUGCUGUCAGCAGCUUCCUGAAGAGAGCAUUCGGCAGCAUUACAGACACGCAGUCAGGCAGAGUUUCAAGGUUCAUGCCGAUGAAGACGAUCCUGAGCGAAUCCAGCAGAUUAUUAAGAGAGCCAUUGAAGAUGCUGACUGGGUCAUGAAUAAAUAUAAAAAACAGAAGUAGAAGAGGAUGAUGAAGACAAGAAUGUCAUUGGUAAAGAGCCUUAGAGGACUUGCAGUCAAGCCCAGUACUGUAUUAUAGUUGUUGCCUGGAGUUUUCUCUUGGAUAAUACAAAUAUAGUAAUUUAUGUCUCAUUGGGAUAUCAUGAAGCUAAAUUAAUAUUUCUGAAGCUAUUUGGGUUUGUAGAUUAAAAGGCAUGCUGUAGGUUCCAAGUAUUACCUUGUAUAUUCACAAGUUUACCUUAAAAUCCAAACUUGUCUGAGCUUUAAGUAACACAGAGCUCUCAGGAAAACUUCCUGAGAACAAAAAUGUAAUGGAGUACAAGUCAUUAACAAGAAAUAAUUAGUGCCCUGUGUGGUUUCGUAUCUGAUGAAUUACAGCAGCUCAUCUGAAAGAUCUGAAUUUCAAGCCCAUCCGAAACCUGAAGCACAGUAUUUCCCACUUGCCUGUCCAUGCUGUGGGUAGAUCUUCAUUCUUCACUGUAGGUUGGCAGUUGAACUAGUGGUGGCCUUUUCUUAUUUAAAGAUAAGUGCCUGUCACCCUGAUCUCCAGACUUGCAUGAAAGCAGACAGCACUCAGGGGGGGUUUGUGCACUGAAUGGUGUAAUUACUGCAAUGUGCAAUGUUGUACAAAGGCCUUCACAACUUUUUUCAAGAUGUAAUAAAUGUCCUUUAAAAGUGGGA